AAUCAAAACAAUGUCAAUUUUCUUCACAACUGCGGGCAUAAUAACACAACUCGCACCACAAACGAUACACACUAUUGUCCUCCCUAUUUUAGUAGAAGCAUUUCACACCCAACCAUGAGCCAACCGACGGAGGAAAAGAUGGACAUCGAUAAUGAGAGUGCGUCCGCUACCGGGAGCACCUCAUCGGGCGCAUCACUCGCCGCGAUGCCAGCGGUUGCAUCCACCUCGAAAGCUUCCUCACCACCGGGCGCUGUGUCGGAUAUGGAUAGUGCCGGUAGCAGUAGUGGUUCCGGCAGCGGGAAAGCGAUGGCCACCGUUCCCGGGCAGUCGGCGGUCGGCGAGGGAAGGAAUGUGAUGGCUGGCAGUGCAACGAUUCCGUCGGUUACCUGCUCGCUACAUCCGCUGGUGAUUAUGAACAUUGCGGACCACUGGACGCGUACCCGGGCACAGAAGAGCAGCAAACCGUUGGUGUUUGGUGCGCUGAUUGGCAAGCAGAAGGGCCGCAACAUUGAGGUGAUGAAUUCGUUCGAGCUGAAGUACGACAUAGUGAACGAUGUGGUGAUUAUUGCGAUGGAUUACUAUCAGGUGAAGGAAGAGCAGUAUAAACAGGUGUUUAGUGAUCUCGAUUUCCUUGGCUGGUACACGACAGACACGAUUCCGUCGGAGAAACACAUCAACAUCCACAAACAGAUCUGCGAAAUCAACGAAUGUCCCUUGAUGCUACUGCUCGAUCCGCUUAAUCGUAACAUGAACCUCCCAAUCGCACUGUACGAGUCGGUGAUCGACAUAGUGCAGGGCGAAGCGAUGAUGCUGUUCGUCCCGCUGGUCUACACACUUGCCACGGAGGAAGCGGAACGCAUCGGUGUGGAUCAUGUGGCCCGCAUGUCCAACAAUGAGACUGACACAAACUCCACCGUAGCCGAGCACCUGCUCGCACAGUAUAAUGCGAUCAAGAUGUUAAACUCCCGGGUGAAGAUCAUCCUCGCGUACAUCAAGGCGGUCGAGAGUGAGCAGCUACAACCGAACCAGGAGAUACUGCGGAUGGCUUACUCGCUCAGCCGCCGGCUACCGAUCGUUCAGAAUCCUUCCUUUAAGGAAGACUUUUACACGCAAUCCAACGACGUCGGACUGAUCACCUACCUGGGCGCGCUGACGAAGGUGGCGAACGAUAUGAAUCAGCUUGUGAACAAGUUUAACGUGCUCUACGACCGUCAAGCGAUGGGACGACGUUUACGGGGCAUUUUCUUCUAAGCAGCUCCCCAAAUCCGUUGCUACUUACUUUUACGUACGUUUCUUUUACUCACCCCCUUUCGUUCGUUUGCACCCCUUUACGUUCAAUAAACAUGAAGAAAUGUGGCUUUAAAUAGUG